UUAACGUGUGAAGAAAAAAAAAAAAACAAAAAAUCAAUUUUGGGGGAGUAAGAAGGGACAUGAAAGUUUGCUCACGAUAAACUCCUAAACUCUUGACCAUCAUCGCUUCCCGUCAUGGAGGACCGAAUCUAAAAGAAAAUUAUCAACACCCGUUUUUAUCUUACCUUUUACCGAUUCCGUGUCGACAGGUCAUAUUUGAACCAAGGCGGAUAUGAGAUGAUCAUUCGGACAACCGCAUCUCACACACGAUCCCGAAUACUAACCAACAGCAAACAACCAUGGCCGAAAAGCGCGUUUCUACGCCUAGCGGCUCGCGAAGCAUCUUCCGACGAUCGCUUCGCUCAUCUUCGCAAUCACCAACACGUCAUCAGCACCGCAUAGGCGAUGACCUCCUCUCCCAACUUUCCCCCACUACCGCCGUCGACUCCCUUCAAUCGCCCAUUGGAGCUUUAAAAACAUGUAUGGACCAAGUCUCGGCCUCCGAGCAGGCCUUUGCUAUGAGAACCGCGAUUGCUUCCAAAAAGAUACGCGACUGGCUCGAUGAGGUCACCGCUUGGUAUUGGCCUGACCACAGCAGCUCGGCUGGUUUCGAGAUGCCUCCUGCUAAGAGAAGGAAGGUCUCUGAGCCUGAGACACCAAGCCACGAUCGCAAGGGCAAACUUACAGAAUCUGACUCGUCCCCUGAUACAAACCAUUUCGGCAGUCUCUCCACCGCCGAUGUCGAGCGCUACGAGAUGCGAGUCGGCCAGAUACAACAGGAUUUGGAUGGCCUCGAUCUGGAAGAGAUCAAGAGCCAGGUCUUGCACAAUCAUAUCUUGCCAUUGUCGCGACCUGGCACCCCCUUUUCCGAUGCGGGCUGCUCCACAACUUCUGCAUCCAUGUUUUCCAGGAUGGAAGACUUGACGGCAGUCGUUACCGCUAUUACCGUGCAAGCCUUGCCUAAUCUGUCUAAAUUAUCGAGGUUACUACAUACAUGGAGUGUGCGACUGCUUGUCCUAAAGAAAGUUCCAUCCUUACUUACGAUGAUAACGGAUGCCGAAGUAGCCUUGCGUUCUGGUUGGAGGGCAAUCGACGCGGAUAGGCCUAACCCCUUCGAGCCGAAAAAGCUCGCGAACAAGUCGUGCAAUCUUUCCAGGAAGGAUUUUGAGGUCAUGAAGCAGGUCAUACAACAAAAGGUAGCUCAACCGGGGCGAGCGCUUGAUGCUAUGCUCGACUCUCUAGAAGGGUCUGUAGAUACUCUACCAGAUGAGUGGCUAGACCGCAUGGAAGAAAUUGAGCGAGACUACGCCGCGUGGGAAGCCAAUGCCGAACGAAAAGUUCGGCCGGGCGAGAGGACUGGCUUACUCGAAGCUUCUGCUAGGCGCGCAUCCAGUGUGCAACCGGAAACGCCCCGACCGAAGAUUCAGAUCCAGGGCCCGAGCCCAUCGAAGGAUCUACCGGAGUCAUCUAACAUUGACCAGUUUGCGUCACCUCCCGUGCCGACCAACGAUUCCCCGGAUUUCCACCCCGCUAGAGGUCCAGCCAUAACCAGACCUGAGCUUUUGAAGAAAGCACUUAGCACACCCUCUCCACGGGCCCCGGUGCAAGUCUUUCCCAACGAACCGAGAGCGAGACCAAAACCAACCUCCCAGGUAUCUAACCCGAUCACCCAUACACAACGUUUACGCCAGAUGGGCUCGAGGAGCUCGCUUAAGGACCUAAGCUUCAACUAUGACGGUUCAUACGACAAAAGACCUUCGACGGCCGCAGGAAAGGCUGUUGGAUUCAGGCCUGAGUCCCCACAUUUGCGUCUACCCAAAAAAUCCCGUAGCCAGCCUUAUCUGGGUACCAUGAACAAACGAGCAGCCGAGGCUGGCCGAACUAACGCGGUACUGCACGAAGUUAAUCAAAACGUCAUUCGUAAAACUCCCCAGGAACCGAAGAAACCCAAUACAAUUCGGAGAGAUUCGGUCAUAGAUGAUGAUGAGGAUGAUGAAUUCUCAGUUCUGGAACCCUCUGCUUUGGAGUCUGUGGAUGAAGAAGGGGAUGGCCUCGAUUUGCCCCCCGCCCGAUUCGUACAACACAGAGGCAGCAGGGAAUCCAUCGCAUCUACCGUUAUCCACGGUUCUCCUGGCGAUUUUCUCGAUAACUCCGAUAACGCACCUUUCCGAGAUGGCUCCAUGGAGCCAGACCUACCGCGUUUGCCCGAUCCCGACGAGCCGUUCUCCAGCGACGCACUCAGCCCACCCAGCUCUCCACCCCUACGAUACAAGACCCGCUCGACAUCAGUCACUUUUAAGGAUGCUCCCGAGAUCAAUAUGCUACCUGAAGCAGGUAGCACACCACCGCGAAGCCCUAUCGAAUCUUCGGCUCUCUUCGAUGACGACACAUACGAAUACGAGAGCCAGCUCGGUAGUCCGGGCCGCAUGAGCACGGCGAGCAACUUAAGCGAAGACGAGCACCUACAACAACAAAUUAGCGAGCUUCUGGAAUCUAUCCCUGCGAGAAUUCGGCUUAAGAGGACGCCUGGGAUUAACUUGAACCCGCCGGACUUUCAGCUUCCUACGCGGGGGAAGGCCAAACCAUCGGACACUACGCGUCGCAGUCAGUCUAGUCUGUCUUCGCGGGGUGGAACCCCAUCCUUUUCUCGCAGUGGAACUCCAUCAUUCAUGUUGGCACCAGCGAGGGAUCCUCGUUCCAAGUCGAAGGGUAGCGCAGGGAUCCGGGUCUACAAUCUGACUCGAUCUACGGGCGAAGCUCCUCUUAGACUACUCGUUCGUUGUGUCGGAGAGCAAGGAGAGAGAGUUAUGGUCCGAAUUGGUGGUGGAUGGGCUGACCUGGGAGAAUAUCUCCGAGAGUAUGCAUCGCAUCACAGUUCACGAUCUAAGGGUGAAGGGAAGGUGGAUAUUAAAGAUUUACCAACAUCUGCUUUACCUAAUUUAGGAUCAGCUCCAUCCAGCCGACCUAGUUCUGCUCUUGAAGCACCAGUUUCACCUCUUACCGUCCGGAAAACUAGAAGGAGUCAGGGCGAAGAAGGGGCAACGAGAUUUCCACCAAGAACACCAUUUUCUAAUGCCAGACCAGAGUCGGACACACCGUCUCCAGAGGCACCGGGCCGGUCACGUGCGUCGUCGCGUCUGGAUUGGGACGAGGAGGACAGCUCGCUGGGGCUAGCCGGGCCCAAGGGCAAGAAGGUGGACAUGAGUGACGAGAGCCGAGCCUGGGUUGAGAGUGUUAAGGAGAAAGUUCGUAUAGCUAGCGGCGAUCGACCUGCUCCACCAGAGCAACGACUUGACACGAAAUUUGGCGAAAUGGGUAGAGUUGGAGGUACGAAACGGCUGUUCAGGAAGAACUAGGGGUAUCUGUACGGUCCGUAACGAACUUUUGAUUUUUGUUCAAAAGGGGGAUUUCGCGUCUAGGCAGGCAAGGCAAAAAAAGCCAUGGCACGGCAAGGCAAGGCAGGCAUGCAGGCAGGCAGGAGAGAAGGAGUAUUUAGGUUGAUUGAA